AUGGAAGAGGCAGAGAAAGAACUGGACACAGAUGAACCAACUGGCAGAAGGGAUGACACCUCACUGCAAGGCACAGGAACUACCACCACAGCUGCAAGAGAAGCAGGAGAAGAUGUGGCAAUGAGAGCAGUGCUUCUGCAGCUCAUUGAUGCUGUCAUCUCCAUCUUCAACCUGGCUUUCUUAGCAGUCACGGAGGCCGCAGCUGCAUCACAAAGACAUUUACUCACUAGAAAACAUCAGAAUAAGCCUCUUAUUGUCUCUCAAGAAUAA